GCCGACGCAGGCAGCGCAGGCUAGCUGGCUGAUUUCGGCGAACGGAACUUUCACAAGCAAUUCAGUUGCCGUCCGGUUCAGACUCUUCUGACUUCCAAGGGAAUAAGGAUAAUUUUUUUUCGGUUUUGUGCUGUGAUAUAAAACACAUACAAAUACAAAAUGGGCAAGGAUUUUGAUGCUGUUGGAUUCGUCAAGGAUUUCGCUGCCGGAGGCAUCUCCGCAGCCGUCUCCAAGACUGCCGUCGCCCCCAUUGAGCGUGUGAAACUGCUCCUGCAGGUUCAGCACAUCUCGAAACAAAUCAGCCCCGACAAGCAGUACAAGGGCAUGGUUGAUUGCUUUAUCCGCAUUCCAAAGGAACAGGGAUUCUCGUCGUUCUGGCGCGGUAACUUGGCCAACGUCAUCAGAUACUUCCCGACCCAGGCUCUGAACUUUGCCUUCAAGGACAAGUACAAGCAGGUCUUCCUGGGAGGUGUUGACAAGAACACCCAGUUCUGGCGUUACUUCGCCGGCAACUUGGCCUCCGGUGGUGCCGCUGGUGCUACCUCUCUGUGCUUUGUCUACCCCUUGGACUUUGCCCGUACUCGCUUGGCUGCUGAUACCGGCAAGGGAGGUGCUCGCGAGUUCACCGGUCUGGGCAACUGCUUGACCAAGAUCUUCAAGAGCGACGGCCUCGUUGGUCUGUACCGCGGCUUCGGUGUGUCUGUCCAGGGCAUCAUCAUCUACCGUGCCGCCUACUUCGGCUUCUACGAUACCGCUCGCGGCAUGCUGCCCGACCCCAAGAACACACCCAUCUACAUCAGCUGGGCCAUCGCCCAGGCUGUGACAACCGUCGCUGGCAUCGUGUCCUAUCCCUUCGAUACCGUGCGUCGUCGCAUGAUGAUGCAGUCGGGUCGCAAGGCCACCGAGAUCAUCUACAAGAACACACUGCACUGCUGGGGCACCAUUGCCAAGCAGGAGGGCACCGGUGCCUUCUUCAAGGGCGCCUUCUCCAACGUUCUCAGAGGCACUGGCGGCGCUUUCGUGCUUGUGUUGUACGAUGAGAUCAAGAAGUUCUUGUAAAUUAAAUUAUUAAAUUAUUCAAACAAGCAAAAUACAACAACAUACAACAACAACAACAAAACUAAACACUACCAGCUAAUUAUGUUAGAUAACUGAAAGAGAAAAGCUAAAACUGCAACAGCAACAGCAAAGUUUGAUCUGCAACCAACACCUCUUACCAAGAACAACGGCAAGCAAUAACAACCCUUCCACCCUCCCCCUCUGAUAUAAUUAUAAUGAUUAUAUUAUUUAUAA